AUUUCAGUACGUGCGCAUGCGUGUUUCGUUCGCGCCAAAUUUCAGUCAAUGGUGUGUUGUAGAUCACUAUAAAUUUGAUGAUUGCAAGGAAACUAUAACAAACUUAUCUUCCAAAAUGUGGAUCCAAGUAAGGACUAUGGAUGGCAAGAAAUCUACCCAAAUAGAUAAAAUUAGCAAAUUGACCUUAAUUGAAGAUUUAAAAGCAAAGAUCGCUGGAGAGUUUGGUGUUAGUGCUGAAAGGCAGCGGCUUUUCUUCAGUGGAAAACAGUUGGAAAAUGGUCACACGCUGUUUGAUUACAAUGUUGGCUUGAAUGCACUUAUACAAGUUAUGUUCCGAAUUGAGGAAGUCUGUAGCCCCAAAGACAAAAAUAAGAAGUCACCUAAAAAGAAGGAAAACAACAAUAUUGUCUGUAAAGAAGACCUACAGGUGAAAGUAAAUGAAGCAGAUGACAAGAAUAAUGGUGCACUUGCUUCACAGUUCAAGGUUCAUGACAAAGUAGAUGCAAUGGAUCCUACAAUGGGUGCUUGGUUUGAGGCAGUUAUAGUCAAAGUAACACAAGAUGAUAUAGAUAGUAAAUUAUGCUACCAUGCACAGUUUGAAGGUUAUGAUGAAAAUGAAGUUCUGAAACUCAAGGAAUCAGAAGUCAGACCAAGAGCACGAAUGAUUCUUAAGUGGGAUGAGAUCACAGUUGGUGACAAAGUAAUGGCAAAUUAUAACUCAGAUGAGCCAAAAGAACGUGGAUUUUGGUAUGAUGUUGUUGUGACCAGAAAGGAAAAUAAAAGACAAGCAAAUAUAUUGUAUGGAAAAAUUCUUCUAGGGCAAUUUGAUUAUAGAAAGAAUGGUGAUGUCUCAGAAGAGUGUAGGAUCAUUUUUGUUGAUGAGAUUUUCAAAAUAGAGAAAUCAGGUGAUGUAAAUAUUUCCAAUGCCAAUGACGAAAAUAUUGAAAAAAGGAAAGUCAAACCAGACUGUAGCCACUGCAAAGAUGACCCAACAAAGAGCUGCAAAGAGUGCUCUUGUUGUGUGUGUGGAGGAAAGCAUCAACCUGAAAGACAGAUCAUCUGUGAUGAGUGUGAAAUGGCAUAUCACCUAGACUGCUUAAAUCCACCACUAGAGAGUAUUCCAGACGAAGACGAAUGGUACUGUCCUGAGUGUAGAAAUGAUCCAACAGAAAUUGUUCAGGUUGGUGAUAAGCUAAAAUCAAGCAAAAGGAAACAGAAAAUGGCUUCCACCUCUGGAAAUUCCCAGCGAGAUUGGGGAAAGGGAAUGGCCUGUGUUGGAAGAACGAAGAUUUGCACCCUAGUACCAUCAAAUCAUUUCGGACCCGUCCCUGGCGUUCCUGUAGGCUCAGCUUGGAGGUUCAGGGUUCAGGCAAGUGAGGCUGGUGUCCAUCGUCCUCAUGUAAGUGGCAUACACGGAAGGGAGACUGAAGGAGCAUACUCUAUUGUUCUAGCCGGUGGCUACGAGGAUGAUUUGGACAAGGGAGAAGAAUUCUUCUACACCGGAAGCGGUGGAAGAGAUCUUUCUGGAAACAAACGAACAGCUGAGCAAUCUUGUGACCAAAAACUUACCAAAAUGAACAGGGCGCUGGCCAAGAACUGUAACGCGAAAAUAGAUGAUAAAAAUGGCGGGGAAGCUGAGAACUGGAAAGAAGGAAAACCAGUGAGAGUGCUUCGAAGCUCAAAGUUUAGAAAACAUUCCAAAUUUGCACCAGAGGAAGGGGUUCGGUAUGAUGGUAUCUAUAAGAUCGUAAAAUACUGGCCUGAGAAAGGGAAAUCUGGUUUCGUUGUAUGGAGAUAUCUUUUGCGAAGAGAUGACCCUACACCACCCCCGUGGUCCGAAAAAGGAAAGAAAUUAAUCAAGGAUCUUGGUUUAACUGUCCAGUACCCAGAAGGCUAUCUAGAAGCUCAAGAGAAGAAAGAAGCUGAAAAAGCAAAAAAUAGCAAAACUCCAGCCAAAGAGAAUUCUAAUCACAAAAGGAAAAGAGAGAAAGACGCUACUUCCGAAACGCCCCAGAAGAAGUCGAAAAACGUGUACAGCCUGCCGGAUGAAGUUCUGUCAAGUGUCGAAAAAGACAUGCUGAAUAAAAAGACUUGGAAUGAACUGACGAGUGGUCUUGUAAAUUACCAGGCUUUCUUGGAGUCAGUCAAAGAUAGCUUCAUGUGUAUAUGCUGUCAGGAAGUUGUUUUUGCGCCAGUCACAACAAAAUGCGUGCACAAUACUUGCAAGGCAUGUUUAUCGAGAGCGUUCAAAGCAGGACUGGAAACUUGCCCCGUUUGCAGACAUGAUAUCAGCAAGGACCUCAAUAUCAAUUCGGAACUAGAUGCGGUUUUGCGAAUGCUUUUCCCUGGGUAUGAGGCUGGUCGCUGAAUGGAAUCCAAUUGCAAAUGUUUGCAAUGAGAUAUCGGUCAAAUUUUGUGAUAAAAAGCACAGUAGCUCUUGAAAAAUGAAAUUCUUAUCUUUAGAAAAUUGAUUGUAAAAUUGAAUGAUGAUAUUUGAUUUGACUGAAAUUUGAAUGGUGAAUUUGAAAGAACAGCAAAAAGAUACUUAAAAA